AUGUCUACUGAGAACUCCCAAACUUCCAUCCAGUCCCGUGGUGAGCAAAAGGCCCGUAAGGCCAUCCUUGCCCUCGGUUUGAAGCCUGUUGCCGGUGUCAACCGUGUCACCUUCACCCGUGGUAGAGGUAUGGUUUAUGCCAUUGCCACCCCUGAAGUCUUCAAGUCCCAAAACUCUGAUACUCACAUUGUUUUCGGUGAGAUGCAAGUUGAGGAUAUGGCUGCUCGUGCCCAACAAGCUGCUAUGGAGCAACAGCUCGCUGCUGAUGCCGAAAAGACCGAAGAAGGUGCUGAGGUUGAGGCCGCUGUUGAGGAAGAGGAUGAGGAAGUUGAUGCCACUGGUGUUGAGGAGAAGGAUAUUGAAUUGGUCGUCAGCCAAGCUAAUGUCUCUCGUGCCAAGGCCGUCAAGGCCCUCAAGAACAACGAAAACGAUGUUGUUAACGCCAUUAUGGAACUCACCAUGUAA